AUGAUUUUACUCGGAUCCGCCAUCGUAUAUAGAAAAAUGGCGACAGAGCAACAACUGCAAGUGGUGGCGGAGUUGGAAAUGGAGAUGAUGUCGGAUAUGUACAGGCGAAUGACCACAGCUUGCCAAGAGAAGUGCAUUGCCAACACAUUUAAAGAAGCGGACCUUACUAAAGGUGAAGCUGUAUGUUUGGACCGUUGUGUCGCCAAAUAUUUGGAUGUGCACGAAAAACUGGGAAAACGGUUAACAACUAUGUCACAAACUGAUGAAGCUGCUCUCCAAAAAAUGAACCAAUGA